AUGGAGCUACGGUCCGAGCUGCCCAGCGUGCCCGCCGCGCCCCCGCCGGUGCCCCCCAGCUCGGUGGCGGCGGCAGCGGCGGCGGCGGCGGCCACGCUGCCGGUGAGCGUAGCCGGGAGCUUGCUGCGGGCUCCGCCGCUACUGCUGCGGGCGGCCGAGAAGUACCCGCGGACACCGAAGUGCGCCCGGUGCCGCAACCACGGGGUGGUGUCGGCGCUGAAGGGCCACAAGCGGUACUGCCGCUGGAAGGACUGCAUGUGCGCCAAGUGCACCCUCAUCGCCGAACGCCAGCGCGUCAUGGCGGCCCAGGUGGCGCUGCGCCGCCAGCAGGCCCAGGAGGAGAACGAGGCCCGCGAACUUCAGCUGCUCUACGGCACGGCCGAAGGCCUGGCCCUGGCCGCCGCCAACGGCAUCAUCCCGCCCCGGCCCGCCUAUGAGGUCUUCGGCUCCGUCUGCGCCGGAGGCGGCGGCGAGGGAGGCGCCGGCGCCUCAGAGUCCAAGAUGCAGAAGUUCGAGCUGUUCCCCAAGACGCUGCUGCCCAGCCGCGCCGUCACCCCGCAGCAGGCGGGCGGGAAGCCGCUCUCCCCGGACGGCGAGUCCGUGCCCGGCACCUCCUCCCCGGAAGCUCGCCACGGUUCGGGCUCGGAGAACGGGGACGGCGAGUCCUUCCUGAGCUCGCCCGUCUCCAAAGGCCCGAAGGAAGGGGAGGAGAGCCCGGGCUCCAUCAGCCCUCUGGGCUCGGACUCGGGCUCGGAAGCCGAUAAGGACGAGCAGGACCCGUCGCCCUCGGCCGGCGGCCGGCAGCGGACUCCCAUCGACAUCCUGACGCGCGUCUUCCCGGCGCACAAGCGCAGCGUGCUGGAGCUGGUGCUGCAGGGCUGCGGCGGGGACGUGGUGCAGGCCAUCGAGCAGAUCCUCAACAACCGCGGCCCGGAGAAGGGCCCCGAGGAGAGCUGGGCUCGGGACGGCGCCUUGCAAGGCCUUCCGCCCACCCCCGCCACCGCCGCCCAUCACCGGCCCUUGAUAGCCGGCGCCAUGGCCCCCGCCAUCGGCACGCUGGGCAGCCGCUCCGCCUUCUCCCCCCUGCAGCCCAACGCCACGCACUUCGGGGCCGAGGCCGGCGCAUACCCGCUGGGCACCCACUUGGGACUCAACCCCCUGCGCCUCGCCUACUCGGCCCACAGCCGGGGACUGGCCUUCAUGACCCCUUACUCCACGGCCGGGCUGAUGCCCACCCUCGGGUUCCGGCCACCCGUGGAUUACGCCUUCAGUGACCUCAUGCGGGACCGCUCCACCGUGCACAAGGAGCAGGUCUACUCCGGCGGGCUCUACGGGCCCAUGGUCAACAACACCCCCGAGAAGCAAUAGCCGGGGUGGCUUCCUAAAGCUCGUCUGUGUAGAGGUAGCUAGGUAGGCACGGGGGGGAUGGACACGGGUGGUUUUCUCCCCCUUUUUCCUCUGUACAGCCCGUGAUUGCGUGCAGAGCCCGGCGUGGGAAGACGUAGGUGUAUGGAACCGGUGAUAAAGGUGCACUUUUCAUUGUCACUCUUUGUUGCUUAUGGCCAUAAGCAUGGAUAUCCAUGGUGCGUCCUGGGGUGUGUACACAGACCCACACACCCACCCCUCUUUUCCCCCCCCCCCACACAUACACACACAUAUAUAUAUGUAUACUAGCAAGUGUAUAAUGUUAUAAAAUGGAAAUCUAAGUUAUUAAUGUAAUGCGUAGGUGAACAUGGUAUUAACGUUAAGCUAAAGGUUAGACAGCUCAUUGUAAUACUUACCAGGCAUAUAGGUUAAAAAUAUUGUCAAAUUGAAAGCCUUUUCCUUCCUGCCCCCAGAAAUGUUACAAUCUGUAUAUAACAUUGGAAAGUAGAUAUAUUUGUAACUGUCCGUAGGACCCCGGCGCCAAGGGUUUAAUGAGCCUCCUUCAUUUGUGAUCUGCAAGAAAAUUGCUUUCUUGUCCCGAUGUAGCAAACUUCUUGCUGUUUCUAACAGGUAAUUCUGUG